UUCAAGUGUAUAGAAACAACCAUCAUCAAUUAUGGCAUUCCAAGCGCCACCAAAGAACAUCAUCGUUAGCGGCGGAGCCCGCGGGAUUGGACGCGCCAUGGCUCGAAUGUUCCUCGAAGCUGGCCAUCACGUGUUCAUCUUUGACAUCGACGAGGAAGAGCUCACUUACACGACAAAGGUACAUCUGAAACAGUACCACGAUGAGAAAAAAUUGAACUCUGCUCUCUGCAAUCUACGCGACGUGGAAGACAUCCGCACGAAAGUCGCCACCGCAACCGAGACCUUCUUCGACAACCGCAUCGACGUGCUCGUCAACAACGGCGGCAUUGCAGCACCGCAAUGGAAGAACGGUGAGACGAUGGAAAACAAAGACACGUGGGAGCAAUGGCAGGCCUACAUGGAGACCAAUCUGAGCGGCCCGUUCGCAAUGAGCCAAGCAUGCAUCCCGUACAUGAAGGCGCGGGCCCACGACCGCGAGCAGGGCGCGCACAAGACGCAAGGCGCUGGGCCGUGCAUCAUUCACAUUGGCAGUUUCCGCGCGCACCAGUCGGACGCGAAUCAGGAGGGUUACGCGUCGAGCAAGUCGGGCUUGCUGGGCUUGAUGCAUUCGAUGGCGAUCAGCCUCGGGGCUCUGGGCAUCCGGGUGAACUUGGUUGCGCCAGGCCGGAUCAAGGUUGCGCAUGAGUGUAGGGCCGGUGACGAGGCGGGCACGAAUUGGGAGGAGCAGAUCCUUGAGAAGGAUGUCAGUGAUCACCCGACGAACCGCGCGGGUAGGCCGAAGGAUGUUAUUGACGCGUGUCUGUACCUGAUUGAAGCUGGUUUCGUGACUGGUCAGGAGAUCACGGUCGAUGGAGGAGCAUUGAAGAAGAAAAACUGAAAGUCCGCGGAGUAGCUCACCAUUACAGCGCUUACCGCAGUACGAAAUAAGUGACAAGAGUGCAGUCAGGCUUUGAAAAAGCAGUUUUUACAGAUUAGCUGGACGACCGAGU